AUGGUUAAAGGUCUGGUACGUAUCAGGUUAGCCAGAUUUGGACGUAAACAUGCUCCGAUGUACAAUAUAGUGGUGGCAAAUGCGCACCAGGCCCGAGACAAGACACCUAUUGAGGUUUUGGGAACAUACAACCCUGUUCCUCAGCCUUUGACAAAACGAGAAAUCAAGAGCGGAGCGAUUCCAACUAAAGACGUGAAGCUCGACAUGGCCAGGGCGAAAUACUGGAUCGGUGUUGGCGCGCAGCCGAGCGAAACAGUGACAAAAUUACUGGUCAAAAGUGGUAUAUUGAGUGCUGCAUGGGGCAAAUCGCACACAUCUAACCAACAGGUGGUGCUGCCCAAGAGAGAAGCUUAUGAAUGA